AAAAAAAAAUAACAAGAAAAGAAAAACCAACCACAACCAUGCUCCACCACCUCAACAACCUCCUCAUCCUCCUCCACCUCCGCCGCCCCUCCCCCUGGGAACGCCCCACCGCCCUCGACCACCUGCUGGCCUCCCCCCUACAAUGGCUAACGCGCCUCAUCUACCGGCACCUCCUCCUCCCCCUCCGCGGCCACCCCUUCCACCCGCCGCGCGGCCGGCGGCCCAUCCGCGUCGUGUGCCUGUCCGACACCCACAACCUGAUCCCCGGGUAUGCGGUGCCGCCGGGGGAUUUGCUGGUCCAUGCGGGGGAUCUGACCGUGGAUGGCACGCCGGCGGAGAUCCAGAGGCAGGUGGACUGGUUGAGGGGGCUGCCGCAUGGGUGGAAGGUGGUGGUGGGGGGGAAUCAUGAUGGGUGGUUGGAUGAGGGGGUGAGGAAGGAGAUGGGUGGUGGUGGUGGGAGUGGUGGUGGUGCUGCUGCUGGGAAGGGGGAGGGGGAGGGGGUGGAUUGGACGGGGGUGGAGUAUCUGUGUGAUCGGGGGGUGGAGUUGGCGUUUGAAGGGGGGAGGCGGUUGAAUGUGUACGGCUGGGGGGCGGUGCCGUGGUGUGGGGAGGGGUUUGCGUUACAGUAUGAAAAGGACAAGCAUCCGUGGAAGGGGAGGGUGCCGGACGAGACGGACGUGCUGGUCACGCAUACGCCGCCGCGCCACCACCUCGACCUCGGCCUCGGCUGCGACGGUCUGCUCAACGAAGUUUGGCGCGUGAAGCCGAAGCUGCACAUCUUUGGCCACGCGCACUACGGCUACGGCAAGGAGGCCGUCUACUACGACGAGUGCCAACGGGCCUACGAGUCGCUCAUGUCGCGGCCCGAGAGCGGACCAUUCUACGACAUGGUGCCGAGCGCCCGUUGGGUCGACGCCUUUAACGUGCUAUGGUACGGCGUCGCCAGCAUCCUGUGGAAGUGGAUCAUGCUUGGGCCAGGGACCAACAAUGGCGGGCUGAUGGCCAACGUGUCGCUCAUGUACGGGAAUAGCGGGAAGCUGCGCAAUCCAGUGACGGUGGUGGAUUUGUAGAAGUGUUGGCCACAGGGCGAGUGCGUGCAGCUUAUAGAAGAAUAGAAUGGGGGGAAAAGAACUUGUAGGAUUUGGCUUCUUGUAUUAUACACGUUUCGGAUAGCACAUGGCAUACCACGCGACCUAGAUCUAAUAAUCACAAAACAUU